AUGGAGAAAAACAAUACGCUGGAUGUCGCGAAGGCCGCGCCCGGGAGCGGCGGCCCGAGAAGUGCGAGCAGCGCGAGCAAGUUAAAGCGAGCAUUUUCAAUGCCGCGCAAUCCAUUUCAAGGUUCGCGGAACGGCAACGCAUCGUCGUCGGCUAAAGUGAGCAGCAGUGCUGCCAGCAACAGUAGUAGCGCCACGAUGGACAACCGAACCGGGGGCGGCGGCAGCGACACGAACGUCACAUCUAGCACCCCUGGGACGGUCGAGGCGGGCGGUGUCGCGAAUGGCGAAAAGAAAAUCUUCCGACGAUUAUCAGUGAAAAAGUUUAUCAAUCGUAUUGCACAACAAAUGACCAACCGUACGGUGAGCAAUCAUAAAUUCGACAAGACGCAACCGUCGCCGCCACCCCAAUCGUUCGCCACCGGAAACGCAGCAGGCAUUGCCGCAACUGCCGGUGGUGGUGCUGCCAGUGGCAACUUUGUGUGGCCACCCGAUAGCGUACCGGGUGUGAUAGGGUUGCGAAACCAUGGCAAUACCUGUUUCAUGAAUGCCGUCCUACAGUGUCUCAGCCAUACGGACAUUUUGGCUCAGUAUUUCGUUUUGGAUCUCUACAAGGCCGAUUUAAAACGACGCAACAAAAUUAAUGCCAAAAAGUUCGGUACCAAAGGGGAGCUGACCGAGCAGCUUGCACUGGUGCUCAAAUCGUUGUGGACGUGCCGCGAUGCACCGGAUUAUAGUUCUAACUUUAAGGCUGUGGUCGAUCGUUACGGAAGUCAAUUCAGAAGCUCUACCCAGCACGAUGCGCAAGAGUUUCUUUUCUGGUUGUUGGACAAGGUGCACGAGGAUUUAAAUACGGCGACAAAGCGAAAAUAUAAAACCAUUAAGAACAAUGGACGGUCGGAUGAGGUGAUAGCCGCGGAAACGUUGGCCAACUACGUGCGCUGCAACAAUUCGUUCGUCCAGGCCGUCUUUCAGGCACAGUUCCGUUCGUCGCUGUCGUGCCCGACGUGCGGGAAGCAGAGCAACACGUUCGAUCCGUUCUACUGUCUGUCGGUGCCGUUGCCCCAGCUGUCCCAGCAGCCGGUCCUGGUGAAGGUGAUCUACGCGUCGCAGCAACCGAAGCAGGUCAAGCUGGGUCUAGGCAUUCCGCACGGAUCGCCGGUGUUGGCACUGCGCGAACAGCUGCACGCCGACACGGGAAUCGCGCUCGAUCGGAUGAUCCUCACGGAGAUCUGCGAGUCGGGCUUUAGCCGCGUGUUUUGCGACUCCCAUCUGAUGUCGUCCAUCCGUGAAACGGACCCCCUGUACUGUAUCGAGUGCCCGACGAUGGCCGCCACCGGCCAGUCGCAGGACGUCUCCACUGGUGGGACAAAAAUUUUGCUCUGUCUCUGCAACGGCAAACGGGGCGGUGGCCCCGAUGGUGCCGGUGCCGUCAAGCGCUUCGGAACUCCGUUCUGUGUGGUGGUGAACCGGGACGUGUCGUACGGGGAGCUACAAAAGCUGCUGCUAAAGGAAAUGUCAACCAUUUUGCGAUCGGACGUGUUCACGUUUGCCACCCCGGCCCAGAGCCUGUUCCGGUUACGGCUGCAAGAUCCAUCGUGCGAUGCGGACACGUAUCUGGAGGCAACGGUCGAGCAUCCGCUGUUUACGGAAGUGAUUGACCUGGCCCUAUCGGUGCUACCGGUGGACGCGGGGCCCGCGCACGUGAAGCUGCUGCUCGAGUGGACGGAACCGGAGCGGUUCUUUGCCGACAUGAGCGAUGCGUUCGUCGAGCACGAAAGUGUCAAUCUGAUGCGCGAACGAAUACCGGCCAGCUCGGCACUGACGCUGGAGCAGUGCUUCGAGCAUUACACAAAAGCGGAAACCCUCGGGCAGGACAACGCCUGGAAGUGUCCGCACUGUCAGCAGUAUUUGCCGGUUGUGAAAACGCUCGGCCUCUGGUCGCUCCCGGACAUUAUGGUCAUUCAUCUGAAGCGCUUUCGGCAGCAGCAACUUCGCGCCACCACGCAGGCGGCCAAGCUGACGAACUUGGUGAAGUUCCCACUGCGCGGCUUCGACAUGACGCCCCAUCUGGCGCGCGAUCAUUCCCACCUAUCGUCCCAGCAGCAGCAGCAUCCUCUUCAACCGAAUGGUGGCGGCUCGGCCUAUUCGGCCUCAACAACCGCCGAAACGGACCACUGGAGUCCGUGGCGUAAGAUAAAACGGCAUUCCACUCAGACCCAUUCCAACUUCUCGGCAGCCGUCAACGGUCGGCGCACGGCAGCCGCCGCAGCAACGGCGACGGUCAUGGACAAUCGGUACGAUCUGUACGCGGUUUGCUACCAUCAGGGCGAUACGCUCGAGACGGGCCACUAUACGGCGGCGUGCAAAAACCCCUACGACAGCCAGUGGUAUCGGUUCGACGAUCAGCGCGUUUCGCACGUGCCGAACGAUCGCAUCGACGAGGAGAUCAUCAACAAUGAGGCUUACUUGCUGUUCUACCAAAGACGAAAGCUGCCGCCCGACGGGUCCGAGUGCUCCGGCAGUUCGAGCUCUAGCUCUGGCGACCAUUGGGUGUCGAAGAUCAUUGUCCCGCCAACGGCGGGGGUGACCACCACCACCACCACUGGCGUCACUAGUGCGACACUGGAACGAAACAAAAAAUCACCUCAACCACCACCCGAAAUGGCCAGUGUUCCGCCACCGGCCGGUGGCAAGGGAAAAGAUUUCAGCACCACUGGUCCGGCAACCGUCGGUGGUAAGGAUCCAGCGGGAGGAUCACCAACGGUCAGCGAGACGGUGGCAGACAACGAACCGAUGGCCGAAGUGCCGAAGACUUCCCAGCCAGUGGUGGCCAGCGUGAGUUUAGAGACCGAACCAGAAACUGGAUGCGAAAAGUCGCCGAAACCGACGGGAUCUGCCGCUAAAUUGGAGAGCACGAUUCCUUCGCCUUCACCGUCGUCGUCGUCGUCAGCUGCAUUGCCAGUCGAAGCGUGCGGGGCCGCCACCACCAGCACCCCCGAUGCCAAAGAAACUUCUCCGAUGGUGGCGCGUGCCGAGGGAUCGUCGGGAGUAUCGACUCCACCGGAUGUCACAUCACCACCAACACGAUCAUCUUCGUCAUCCCCGAUCCCGUUGGUGGUCCGUAUCGUCGAAGCUAAAGCGAAACCGGCGACGGGUCCGCAACCAUCGACGGAAGCGAAGCCGGCGGACGAUGAUGAUGUUGCCACGAAAGUACAGCUUUCUCUUCGCCAGCAACCAACGGUCGACCAGCGGUCGACGGUGGACCACAACAAGCAGCCGGCAGCGUUCGGUCAACCGCCGGCCACUACGGGGCGCUUUUCGCUCCCUUCCUCGCAGCAAUACCAGGACAUUCUCUGGCGCGAGAAUAUGUCCGAACUGAUGCAGAACCACCACAAUCACCAUCAUCACCAUAUGCAUCACCAUCACCGGCCGUCGUCGUUUACGGCGUACAAGGGAGUGAUCGAUGCCGGCGAUGCCGUUUCCCUGAUGCGCAGCGCCAACACCUGCAGCAAGGACACGCUGCUGUACAUCGACCAGCACCAGGGUCACGGGCUCGUCGAUCGGCUCGACGACGACGACGAUUCGGACGAGUUGCUACCGGGUGGCAGUGCCGGAAGCCGGGCGCUGUGGAUCUCGCCCGUCACGCCCCACAAGCUGAUCACCGUAUCGCCGAAAAAUUAAUAUCCGAGCGUCGAUCGUGUGAUCGGAAAGUAUUUAGCCCGCCGUGUGCGCGUCCUGUGUUUUGUUACGACCACCAUCAUUACAUGAUCAUUAUUAUUUGUAUUAAUUUUAUUCUACGGUAUGCGGUUAAGUGUGUUUUGUUUGUUUUAUAUUUUGUUUUCUGCGUUUUGUGAAAUGUUACUUUAGUGUGUAGAAGCGAGGGAGGUAUAGUUUUUCUGCCGUCGUCGCCGCCGUGUGCGCCGCCCCUAAGCGAUAUUGAGUUCCUAUCAUUCCCUUCAAAUCCUGCGUGUGUCUUUCUUACUUUUGAUUUCGAUUGAUUCGGUGCUGUCGGUGAGCGAGCCUUCUUUCGGGGGAUAUGUUGUGGGCCGUACCGGGACGAAGUUGGCCACCGAGGCGGCGGCACAGUGGAACCACACAGCAGCGGUAAUUGUUAGAUUUAUUCUCGGUGCGCGCUCACGAAUUAAUAUUUCUCCGAAUCCAACCCCCUCGGGCGCUUUGAAAGCGUGGCUGUGAUGCGGGGCUUUAGCAGUGAUAUGGUGGCCGAACGUCGCGUGACAACGGUGACGAAACGGCGAUCCACUUUUUGGGAUGUAAAAAAGGCACGUGACUCAGUCGGGAGCCAAUCUGAAACCACACCCUAGAUUCUCUCGUAUGUAUUACCGAAGUCCUGUAGAACGUUACACAUUCUCAAACCCAGUGGCGCGCCAGAACUGGGGACGAGGACAACAAGCAAGCGAGUGAUGAAAUCCACAAUUGUAAUAACUGAUUAUAGUAGAAAGAAAAUAAAACCUGAUUGGUGGAAAAACAGAGAGUUCCAAUAGCGAGCAUUAACACUAGCGGCAAGGAAGAGAGACACACAAUGACACAAGUACAAGUUUAAUGUUAGUUACACUCAGUAGAAGUGAGGCGCGCGCGCGAGAUGGCAAAUUCGAGGGUCCGAGGAAACACGUGCGCCCCCGAGAAUGAUGAUGGUGGCACACACAACACGAACGAUUCCUCGUGCAUCCGGUUUUAAAUUAUUAUUCAUUGCAAUCGGAGAACGCGGAAGUGAACGAAUGGAAUUCCGGAUCCCCGAAUCCGA